UAUUCAUCUACCCCCCUAGCCGCCACAACCUUCUUCCUCCUCUCUCACACGCCACUCAUCUCUUUCCCUGUUCUUGCGCAGGAAACUCUCCCUGCAGCUUCCUUCGUCAAGCCACCAGCGCAGGGGCCUUCUUCCCCAUGGAAGUCGGCUCCCUCUCCAUGCUCCCUACCUAGCCGAGCACCUCCAGCAGCCAUGGUCGAGAUUCCUUUUCCCCUGUUGUUCCCCUGCGCGCAGAGGCUUCACCAUGGGCACAGGUACCUCUGCUCCAACCACGGCGCCCUAAUUUCUCCAGCAGCCAUGGCGCCUCCCUCUGCCCACUCCCUCCCAGCGCCCUUCCUCCCUUCGGCCAGCAAUGGCACGACGCCCCCUGCUCCUACUCUCUCGCGCGGCAGCAACUCCCAUGGACGCCCAGAAUUUUUUUUCCAGUGCCCUUUUCAUCUUCCUCCCAGCAGCAGCAUCUCCCUCCCCUUCCUCCUUUUCCCUGGUGCAGCAGCAAGGAGCCCUUGCUCGGACUGCAGCCACGGCGUCCAAGUCCCUGCGCCCAGCCCUCCGAUCCAAAAGCAGCAGUCCCUGCGCAGCUCCAUUUCCCCCAUGGUCGUGAGCCCCCCAUCUGGCCGCCAUCGACCCCUGUGCUCGGCCCUCCACGUGCGGCGUCAACCGAUCUGUGCAGCGAGCAACACCCUCGCCGUGUCGUCAUCACGCCUCGCGCGUCGCUCGUCGACAAAGAGCCCCGUCUGAUGGCAUGCAUGUGAAACUCCGAUCGGAUUUCG